UGUCUAUCAUUUAGGCGAUAUAUAGCAGUCGUUUACUGUACGGUGUGCAGAAGUGGAUCCACUGUGAAGCCGUUAAAUCCGAAAACAUGAUUUUGAGAACGUUUGGAAUUUCACUGCUUUUUGUGAUUUUGUUCUGCGGUUGGGGAAACGCUAAAUUAGCCCCGGACUUUAUACACCCGUGCAAUGCCACAACCAGAGAAUGUCUUGUAAAAGCUACCCAGGACGCUAUACCAGAAUUCGUCAAAGGCAUCCCAAGUCUUAAUUUAGAAUCACUGGAUCCAUUUGUUAUCGAGAAGCUGUCGAUACCUCUCAACGGCCUGAAAGUCACGUUCUAUAAAGGAAAAGUUAGCGGCUUUAGAAACUGUAUUGUAGAUGAUGUUGUGUCAGAGUUAGAAAAACGACACUUCGUGUUAGAAUUUCACUGCAACCUAACAAUAAAGGGUCAAUAUGACGCCAUAGGAAAAAUUCUACUAUUUCCAAUUAAUGGCGAAGGGGACGCCAAAGUAAAAUUAGUGAAUCUUCGAAUGAAGGUCGAUAUUAACACAAAAUAUAUUAAAGAUGACAACAACGUAAACCACUUUGCACUCAAAAAUUACAAAUAUACAUUCGACUACGGCGACCGAGUGUACUUUGAUUUAAAGAAUCUGUUCAAGGAAAGCAAAGAAUUAAGUCAAACAGUACUUAAUUUUUUGAAUGAGAAUUGGAAAACAGUUGCAGAAGAAUUCGGUAAACCCAUCGUUGACUACGCUGUCGAUUUGGCAAUAAGAACUAUAGAAAAGUUCUUCCUCGCUGUUCCUUAUGAAGAGCUAAUAAACGUUCCUAUACCAAAAUUUUAAAGAAUAUCAUGUACCCUUCACUGUAGAUCCCAGCUUCGUUAUUCUGACAUCAUUUUCCUGAUCGGAACUGAAGGAGCCAUGCUAUGUACACAUUCACACCGAACAAAUCAGAUGACAUCGACGUCAUUAUAUCGAAAUAUGAAAUCUUGUGUGGAAUAUUUUGACUCUAAAAAUUCAUAUUUUUCAUCUUCAACUUGCAAAUGGGAGCUCGAACUUCAGUAAAUGAAGUUGAAAUCACUUCAUAAAUGGAUGUAGGGAAAAACGUGAUAAAAUAUAUUUAUUUCUAAUAUUUUUUCAGAAAAAUAAGACAACACCGAUAAAGAAGUAGGAAAUAAUUCAAACACCUAAUCAAUGAAAAGUUAAUUACUUGAUAGACAUAGACAGAGCUUUUUAAAUUGUAACAAUUACAAAAUGAGUGAAGUUGUCUGCUUGGUUAUUGGAAAUUUUCGUUAGUUUUCAUGUAAAAUACUAGACGGAUUUUCGUAUUUUAACUAUCACACAAAUUGUUACUUAUUGGCCUUUCGUUUAUUUACUAAAAUAUAAAUUUAUUUACCAGUAGUAGUAAAAUUUUCGUUCUUUUAAAUUUUAAAGAUGGCCUUUGAUCAUUUAUUAGAUUAGAAACUAAAAAUAAGUUAUAUAUAUAGUAAACCAGCUCGUAAUUUCACAUGAGGGGACAGACAAAUAUUUUUAAAAAAGUGACGACAAUUUUUCUAACCCGAGUAUUGCUCUCAUGAAAUAGGCUCCUAUGUAUAUGUUUUAGAAACAUUUACCCACAAAUGUGUAUCAUAGUGAAGUGCAAAGAUGUUUACACCCCCACAGUGUUACAAGGUCUUUUAUAUAAAUAUAAAUCAAUAUUCUCAUAUACUGUUACUGUUUAGUGUUUUGUAUAAUAAAGGAAAUUGUAUAUAGCUUUGAACUCCUACCCUCGCCUCUAAGGCUUCGGCAGUGAUUACAAUAACGUAAAAAUUAAAGACAGUGUCCUACUGACACACAUUACUAAUAAAUUUUAAUGUAAUUGUAUUUAUUCAAUACCAAUAUUUCAGCUAUACCUUAAUUAUUAGCUUAAACUAGAUUGUAAUAUGAUCUCCAACAGAAUUUUUAUAAAAAAAAUCGUAUCUACCAUAAGUAUAUAAUAAUUAUACUGUUACAAUUUUGGAGUAAUUAAAUGAAUAUUAUUAAAA